UAAAAACGUAAUUGCUUACGUUUACAUUUACGUUUAAUUGCGGAAGUAUAAAAGCAAUCAAAUAGUUUGGCCGUCCUGAAAUUAUCUUAUCAUAAUUCCAGACGUCAACUCGACUUCGGUGUAGGCCUCUAGCCCCUUAACACAAGAUCAAUGAUUUCCAGAACUUCGGAAAAUUUUAAAUGUUUAACUGAAAGUACUUUUAAGAUGCGUUACAAAGCGUUAUAUACUCACGUUAUAUAAGGCUACAUACUCAAAUGUUUUGUGUUCUAAUUGAACUGGCUUCUAAAUAGUGUUUCUUAUUAUAGAAUCCCUAUUCAACAUAGCUUUGUACUUGCUUUAUACUCGUUCUGUAUGGCGGUCAUGCUAACACUAUGCAUUUCGUUGCCGGAUCGCAGGUAACAAAUCUAAAGUUCCGAAAGUUUGACGAAGACAUCUUGUGCUGUUCGUCUCAAGAGUUUGUCGACCCAUUUGUCUUACGUAAUCUACGACUGAGGCAUGCAGAGCUCUGUGAUUUGGUUAUAUACCUCGAUGACAUUUUCUCGCCGCUGGCUAUUUUUUGGCAUGGAUCCGUUGUUGCCGGGUAUUGCUCAGAGUCCAUCAAUCUAAUACAGGUAAGUUCCAUUCAGAGACUAUAUAAGGAGCUUAAAUUUUCAGGUGGACGAGGUGCGGGAAUUUCUCUUCUCAGCAAAAUGCAUUUCCUGCUUAACUUCAUAUACAUCAUCACCAACCUCGGCCUUGUCACGAUAGCAACCUCGCUAGUUUGUGAAUGCAAAGAUCGCUCGGAGCAUGUUGUUCGUAACAUGCUAUUCCGGCCGCAGGCUCAUCGUCGUGCGGCUGCUCACCAAGUUACAGGGUUUGACCUGACGAAAAAUCGGGCCAUGCGUAUCAAAGAGACGUUGCCGAAAAUGUUAUCAUACCCUUUUCUAGAGCCUUUUCGUACGGUUUUAGCGCAUGACAAGCCUGGUACUAACAACUGUGUCCGCUCGCGCGAUGAUACUGUGUUUCCGGGCCAGAUGCGUCUGCUAGCUACCCAGAUGGCUGUGGAAAACGUACAGAUGACAGCAUUCCGCUUCUACAGCCUCAACAGAUCGGCGUUUAUGACCGUCAUGGGGGCCGCUGUAACGUAUGUCAGCUUUGUUGCGCAAACGGCUCAGAAGGUCACCUCCGAGGACGAGUAGAAAGAAGGCAAUGCAGAUGUUCUAAGCCGGAAAAUUCGUUGCCGACAUUCGAA